GGAACUUGGUGCAACGAUCAGGGUCCUUUGUUCCUUCCUCUCCCAGCUGCAUCUCUCAUGUUAUCUUGGUGAAGAGUCUUGCCUGGCAAAGAAAGAGAUCAGGGACAAGAAGGUGGUGCCGAGAAACUUCCAUGAAACUCAGAAGUCACCGCCUGCCUAUCAGACUCGAAGAACCGGGAGAGAUGUAACCUGGGCAUACUUUCAGCUGUUCCCCUGCUGCCCACACUGCAGGUUUUUCAGGUCCUUGCUUGAGCGUGCACUCAUAGGCGUAAAUAAACGUGCUAUCAACAACCCGCGUCAGCCAACCCAGCUAUUUAAGUGGGCUGGCAUCAGCAGACUCGGCUUCCAAAUCCAGAGCUUGCCUUUGCCACUUCCACCCGCCCGGAGACCAUGUCGGCGGACACCGCGAGCGGCCCCACCCAGGACCAGGUGGAGAUCCUGGAGUACAACUUCAACAAGGUCAACAAGCACCCGGACCCCACUACGCUGUGCCUCAUCGCGGCCGAGGCCGGCCUGUCCGAGGAGGAGACCCAGAAAUGGUUUAAGCAGCGUCUGGCUCAGUGGCGGCGGUCGGAAGGCCUACCCUCAGAGUGCAGAUCCGUGACAGACUGAGGAGAUGGUGGAUGCUGGCAGCUUCCCUCCAUGAAGACCGUCCGCCAUUUCUCUCCUCGGCUUAACCAAGCUUUUUGGUUUUUCAGUGUAGUGCUGUGUGUUUCAUUGUUAGCUGUCCUGCUAUUUAACACAAUGUUGUAUUUUUUUAAUGUACAUAACCAGAAAAGAAAGUAACCCUAGGAAGCUAUAUGUGGCUUCUGUAUAAAGCAGUGGCUUGGCUGGGAAGUCUUGGGGCUUGCCUUUCCUUUUGGGUCUUGAUAAUAGAUGGUGUGAAAAUCAUCUAAGUUUGCUUUUGACCAUCACCUCCCAGUACCAGUUCAUUUUUACCAUCCAUUUCAGAGUGGCCAAGGCCUCUGUUGAAAAGAUAACACAAGGGGGAAGCAUUUCCUUCUGAUUCUACUUCCCUAAGUUGUUUUCCUUAUGUUGCGCUAAUACACUGAGAUUGAGUGAGAAUACAGAGGUA